AAACGGUGUUUUUCCGUAAGAAAUCGAUGCUUCAUAGGAAAGUGCUAGUCGGACAAGGGUAAUUCUAUAGAUCUGGUUUGCUCUGCAAUUUCGAGUGAAGUGCUAUCUCAGAAAAUCAAGAUGGAUUCGCGAGCCAUUGAAGAACGUGUUUCGAAGAAACUGAAUGGGGACGGCAAAAGGAGCACUAGAGGCAUAAAAACGCAAGAAAAAGACAUUAUAGAAAUAAAGAAUGCCGACCUCCGACAAAGAGUAGCCACGAAGCAAUCAUUGGUGGACUGUUGGCGAAACAAAAACUAAAAUUAUGUUGGAUAUGUUUAACGAUGAACUACAAAAGCGGAUUAGUUAACCAUUUUGCAAUUUCGUAGAAUGGAAUAGCGGUACAGCGAGCAGGGCCAAAUUAAAUAAAGAGUGAAUAAAAACCUGAAUCAUCUUACACACUACCCCGAACGUCUCGUUAGCGUUCUUGUUUUUUAAGUGUUGGUAGUCAUAUUCAUAAAUCCGAUGUACAAUACAUAUAAAAAUACGAUUAACUAAAAAAGCUGUGCCAUAUCGGUAUUUCGGUUUACACAAAUGGGGUGUUGACGAAGGUAAUGAAAAUGGAAAGCAUAUGAAAACAUCUCAUCAAAAUUUUUUGGUUUUUACGGCUUUAUUAUCCUAUUUACACUAAAUACCUUUAAUUCACUGUGCAUUCUUCUUUGCAGCAAUCUAACCUCGUGCUCAUGUUAAUGCGCUGAACAGAAAAAGAACAGUGCCAAACGCUUUCUCAUCGUUGAAAUCAACCAAGAUAGCUUUGAUUUUCGGUAGCACAUCAAAUAGUAUUUUAGUUUUACCUUUCUUGUUCUUGGAGGUGGUUACAAAAUGGACAUUUUAUUAGAUAAAUUUCUCAAUGAAACUCGCUAUUCGUAUCGAACGGUAUAUUACCCCACGGAUUUAAUGCUGUAUUUUGAAAAGCAUCAUAUAUUUGAAAUAAUUUUUGAUUUGAUGAUAAUGUUACAAAAAGAUCGCCCGCUCAAUACUGAACAAUACAUUGCAGAACAUAUUGUAGAAAUUUCGAAAAAGUACAAUCAAAUUAAUACGUUUCUUAGCCUUGACGAUAACGAAAAAACCGAACGUUUGCUUCAAACAUUCCAACGCAGCAAUCAAUACUAUCCCGUUAUCGAAUUACAAGAUUCGUUAACAACCACGUUUCUUGAAGCGCUUAAUGAUAAACUACGAUAUUUAAAGCUUCAAGAUAAACAUAUAAUAAUGUUGGGUGAUCGAAAAACACUAACCUUGGCAAAAAAGCACUUCCACUUCCACCAAACGCUGUACGUCAAAAAUGAAAAAUCGCUUCAAAAGACAUAUUCAUUUGUGACAGAGCGCAUUAAAUUACUCCAAAUUGAUCCACAUCAUUCUGCUAUCACAUACGGCCAACGUAUUGUGUUGCUUGGGCGUCCUGGUUGUGGUAAACAUCGGGUUGGAAAAUGGUUGGCAGAAAAGUUGAACAUUUGUUUAGUUUCUGCUGCUGAUUUGGUAGCACAACAUGAGCGUAAUUAUGACUGCUUCGGAAAGGCUCUCGAUUGCGGAUCACUGGAAAACGUACACACGUCCGAAUUAAUAACGUCCAUUGUGCAACAUCGACUCUUGCAACCAGACUGCAUUCAAAGUGGAUGGAUUUUACUUGAUUUCCCAAACACUGCUGACGACGUCACUAACAUGUUCCAGACGAUGGCAGUUCCAAAAAUAGUGUUGGUGAUUGACGCCGAUGAAUCAGUAUGUCGGCGUAGAAAAUUGUCCCGCAGAAAAUGUGGCCAGGUGAAGGCUGAUUGUUGGCAAAGAAUGAUGUUCGAAACAGAGGUAAGCAACUUUCCAUUUCGCGGACGCGCAUGCGUCUCGAAUUUUAUACUAAAUUCAGAUUUCUUUGCAUAUUUUUAG